CCUCCUACGUGAUAACUGAUCAAACAGAGCUACGGAAAAUCAAGUGCAUGGAGAAGACGGGGAUCAGCAUAACAAGAGAGCUGAUGUGGUGGUGGGGAGUGAGGCUGGCUACGGUGCAGCAGCUCCUGGACCUGCUGCAAGGACUGCAGCUCUACCGAGCGGCUCAAGUCAUCCUGGACUGGACGUCAGCCUCUAAUAUUGCCAACUCUGAAAAAGAGGAGCUGGUAGAGCCGCCUAAGCAGGAGAACGUGUCUUUAACUUCUACAGAAAACAAAAAUAAAGAGAGAGAAAAUGAAAUAAGUCUGUUGCCAUCACCAGACUCUUCACAUCAGGGACCAUCACCAGCAGGCAGUGCUGGUUCCGAAGGAGCCGUGUAUUCACUCCCUUUUCCACCACCUCCCCCAAGAGACCUUUUGAAAUCCUUACAGUCAAAUCCUCCCGUCUCAUCAAGUGUGAAGCCUUGCAGCUCUGCCACUCCUCAGCAGGAGACUACGACUGAUCUCCCCAGCGGGAGUCUUUUGUGGACCCAGAGGGAAGUUGCUAAUGCCACAAACGGUUUCAGUGACAAGAGCAGGAUUUGUGAAGGUACUUUUGCGGAUGUCUACAAAGGUCAGAGAAACAACAUAGUGUAUGUCAUCAAAAGACUGAAAGAGAUGGAAUGCACAAGCCCAAAUUCUACCCAAAGGUUCUUUCAUACAGAAGUGCAGAUUUGCUUUCGGUGUUGUCAUGUCAACAUUUUGCCGCUGCUGGGUUUCUCAGUAGAAACUGGAUUGCACUGUCUGAUCUAUCCCUACCUGCCCAAUGCAUCACUACAAAACAAACUGCAGUGUCAAGAUGAUUCUGCUCCCCUGACCUGGGAGAUGCGAAUUAGCAUUUCUGUAGGACUCAUCCGAGCUGUAGAGUAUUUGCAUAAUUUUGGAAUUCUUCAUGGGAAUAUCAAAAGCUCAAAUGUCUUGCUGGAUGAAAACUUUACACCAAAGCUUGGGCAUUCAGGUCUGCGAUUGUAUUCUGCUGAUAAGAAAUCAGAAUAUGCCGUGAUGAAAACCAAAGUCUUACAAGCUUCUCUUACUUAUCUGCCGGAAGAUUUUAUCAGACACGGGCAGUUAACAGGAAAAGUUGAUGUAUUUGGCUGUGGUGUGGUGUUAGCAGAGAUACUGACAGGGAUUAAGGCACUGGAUGAAGGAAGACACCCUAUUUAUCUGAAAGAUAUGAUUGCUGAUGAAAUUCAAAGAGUGAAAGAAAGCUCAUACUCCAAAGUAAAAAAUUUUGAAAAGCUCGCUGCCAAGGAAAUAUGCCAUAAAUAUCUAGACAGGAAAGCAGGACACUUGCUGGAAGAGGUUGCUGUUGAUUUUGCCUCAGCCAUCUGCCUUUGUCUGAGAAAGAAGAAUUCUAACAUAGCAGAGGUGCUGGAAAGUAUGGAAAUGGCUGAAAAAAAAUUAAGAGAGCAUUACCUCUGUGGAGGCAGCACUUCUGGGUUCUCCAUGAACACUCCAGAAGAAACCGACGAUGAGACAACCAUUCUGAGCACGGACGUGCCGUCUGCGGGGGAGAGCCGGGAGCACAGCGUGCAGCCGGCGAUGCUGACGAGCGCCGGUCCGUGCGCACCUUCGGUGGCAGUUGGGACACCGGACACUUACUGCGGACAAGUGUCAAGGGUCCCGUGUGAAUCAGAUGAAUCGAGUAGUUUUGUGUGGAAUCCUUCAGAAAGAUCCGCAGAUGAGCUAUCUAGCAACAGCUGUAACAAUUCGGAAAACGUGGCAGCCUGUGAUUACAGGGUGAAGCAGGGAAAACCUGCAAGUGGACUCCAGGAAAGAAACGCAGCAUGUGCCAAAAGUGAUGAUGUCUUGGAUACAGCAUCUACUGCACAGAGCGCCUUUCCACAAAGCAACGCAGACCGUGACUCCUCGUGUUCCUCGCAAGCAUUGGCCAGAGAGACGUCUUGGAAAAUAAAGAUAAAUGAUCAAAAAAAGAAGCUCAUGGAAAAUAUUUUGCUGUAUGAAGAAGACAAAUUAAACAGUUCUGAACUUUUUGAAUCGUAA